GGCUGAGGAUAAUCAUUUUCCUGAAAAUGGAAGAAACGUUUGCAAGCAAUAACGUCACUGACCAUACCAGAGAAAGCUCAUCACAGCUGCCUGCCAUACGAAUCGUUGAAGUCGUUCUGUAUUUCACUAUAUCUGUGGUUGGAAUAACAGGAAACAGUAUGAUUUUUCACUCAUUGUUGAGCCGUCAUAGUCUUAGGGUUGGUGAAUAUCUCAUACUGAACUUGGCUCUGACUGACAUGGCAACAUGUGCUGUCAGCAUACCUUUUGACUUGACAGAGCGUCUCAUUGGAGGAUUCCCGUUCGGGUCGAUCAUGUGCUACGUGGUGUAUCCGUUGCAGACGGUCCUCAUGGCGGUCUCGGUGAUCACACUUCUCUCAAUGAGUUUAGAACGUCAGCGCAUAGUAAUGAAACCCUUCCUUCGCCCAAGAGUUCUUCCGAGAAAGGCAAAGAUCGCAGUUUGUGUCUCGUGGAUCGCUCCCAUUUUGGUGAUAAUUCCCUACGCACUUGUACUGAGGCUUGAUGGAGAACACUGCUUGGAAAAAUGGCCAGAGAAUUGGCAUGUUCGAGUUUUCACACUAACAAACUUUACGAUCUUUUUCGUCAUCCCUAUCGUUGUAAUCGCUACUUCUUACUUCAGGGCGGGGAGAAGAGUACGAUUGGAACUUAGGAAGCUCAAUGAUAUGCUGGAAGGGACCAACAGAUCAAAGAAGGACUACAUCAGAAAGCGCACGAUUCAAAAGCUCAAAGUUACGAAGAUGUUUAUCAUCGUUGUUGUUACGUUUUUUGUGUGCAUGUUGCCCACGCACUUGGUAUGGAUUUGGCACGAUUUUGCACAGGGUGAACAAAACACACACUUUCAGGAUUUAUUAACCUUCAGCAAUAUUGCAAUGUAUUUAAACAGUGCUUUGAAUCCGUUCAUCUUUAGGAGUGUUCGAGGUAAAUCGUUUACCCGACUGGUCACGUGUUGUUGCAAAAAGUUUGGUGCGAACUCACGCGAUUCAUGGAUAUUCCCUCGCUGUAUUUACAUUCAUCACCAAAUGUCUCAGGUGGAACGUGAAAGAGCCAUCAGAGUCACAAGACAGUCUAUCUCUAGAUCAUCUGACGUCUUUGACAUAUUUGAAGUGUGUUACGAGACGAGUGUUUAACUAUCGAGGACCCACAGUUGUCGACUGAUUGCAGAUCACACCCACUUUAUCUCGGUGCAUCUAUAUCGAGCACGCCAGUUCUGCGCUGCACAAUCAUCUGACCCGUGUAUGCCAUGUUCUCAUAUCAUGAUCGAAUGCACUUUCUCAGGGAGAAAUUAUACAAUAUCUCUUUUAAUGCCAUAAUUUUGCUCUAGGUAAGGCUCACUCUUGUGGCGGACAUGAGUCAAAAAAACCCCAAGAAAGGACCAUCUGUGCUGACAUCAACGGGCAGCCAAGGCUAUGAGUUUGAUUCCCGAUUUCUUAAAAACCUUAUUAAAGCUCAUGGUUGAGAAGAAAUUGACAACAAUUAAUCCGUUUAGAUGCAAAACUAUCGCCGUAUAUUCUCUUUUAUCCACAAGAGAACACUUCUGGGAAAACGGCCGUGUCAGUGAUACAAUUGUAUUUAACCCCAGAGUAGCUCAGAACGAAUUACUGCAUCCGAAUUUAAAUUGAAUAUUUCAUUACUUAUGAGAUUCUGAGAUAUUCAGUUCACGUGUUUAUUUAUUAGAAAUAAUGAAAAAGGCACCUUCUCUACGAUGGGAACCGGAAAAAAUCCUUAAAAAAUCAGUUUUCAACUUUGAAAUUGCUGGUCUGGUUGUAAACAUUGUACUGACGGAAAAACAAGACCAAAUAAGGGUGCCCCGCCUUUACUUCUGAAAGAAGCUAAUAAAGAAGUAAGCUUUGG